AUGACGCAGAGCUGGGCCUCUACUUUGCAGAGCCUUUCCCCGACUCAGCACUCCAACCUCUCCCCCCUUCUCUUUCUCGAGGUCUUCAUGAGCGCCCCCAACGCCCUUAUGGCCCUCGGCGAAAGGCCCAGAAAUGCCUGUUCCAGGAAUGAACUUCUUCCCACAAUUCCUAGCUACCAGCUGGGGACCCGGACGGAGUUCUCUUUUCUGAUAAGGGCUGUGGAGCCCGGAGGACCCGGCCCUGCCAAGCGGCGCCGACCCGGCGAGCCCUCGGGACCCGAGUCCGAGUCCGAGUCCGAGUCCGAGUCCGAGGCGUCGCCGCGGCUGCACCAAGAAGCGGAGCCCGCGGCCUGCGCCGCCGCGGCCGCGCUCCCCUCCGUGGUGGGCCUGGCGGCCGGCUGUGCCCUGUACCUGGCCCUGGGCGACGUCGACCUGCUGCUGGAGCCCGAGCCCACGGCCGCGCGGCAAGUGUCUGUCGGCGAUCGCCUCCUGGUGCUGGUCCCCGAGGCCCUCCUGGGCUCGGGCGCUGAAGGCGCCUGGGGCCCAGGCCUGCCACCGGGCGCUUUCCUGAGCGCCCCGGGGGAGGCCCUGGCCCUGGGGGAGGGAUUCUUCUGCGUGGCUGUCCCAGAGGUCGUCAUCCAAGCAGAGGCCCAGGAGGUGGAGGACGCGGCCGCCCAGUUCCAGGCCAGGCGCCUGCCCUGCAUGAAGCGUCUGGCUGGCGAUGUCUGCGAUGUCUCCGACGACGACCUCGUGGACGCCGAGGAUGAGGACCCACAGGGCUUCAACCCGGAGCCCUGGCCCCACGCUGUCCACCCUAGUCCCCAGAGGCGCUCUCCUCACCACCACUCCAAGCUGGACUUGCACCUUCUGGCCCCCUUGCGUGAUGUCUCUGAGGACGACCACGAGGCACCGCUCCAGUGUCUCCCCGCAUCUCCUUGUCCAGGUCCCCAGGGGCGCCCCCCACGCCCUCAGGGUCCUCUGCGCAAGGCCAGGAGACGCCUGAUCCUGGACUGA